AUUUACUUAACUUACUUACUAGUUGAUAACAGUUGAUAGUCAUUGAUAGAUAACUAUAGGAGCAACAUGUCCCAGGAUAAGUAUAAGUAUAGGGUUGAGAUUCAACAAAUGAUGUUUGUCUCCGGAGAGUCAAACGACGCUCCAAUAGAGACCACAUCACUAAUUGAAGAUAUUGUAAGAGGACAGGUUAUUGAAAUUUUACUUCAAGCAACGAAAACCGCUGGAUUAAGAGGUACUAAAUCAAUAGCACCAGAAGAUGUUAUUUUCUUGAUAAGACACGAUAAGGCAAAAGUUAAUCGUUUAAGAACUUACUUAUCAUGGAAAGAUGUUAGAAAAAAUGCUAAAGAUCAAGAAAGUGGAGGAACUGAAUCAUUAAUUGAAAGUACUGAAAAUUCAAAUGCUAAUUCAAAUAAUAAUUCCAGUAAUGAUUCUUCUAAAAUGUUGAGCAAAUAUAAAAAAUCAAAAAUUAGAUUACCGUGGGAAUUACAAUUCAUGUUUAGUGAACAACAUUUAGAAACAGUGGAAGAAAACGAACAGGUUGAUGAAGACGAAAAAGCGGCCACCAUAGCUUCUUUAAAAAGAUUGAAAAUGGCUGACGAUAGAACUAAAAACAUGACUAAGGAAGAAUACGUUCAUUGGUCCGAAUGUAGACAAGCUUCUUUCACUUUUAGAAAAGCAAAAAGAUUCAGAGAGUGGGCUUCUAUAUCUCAAAUUUGUGAUUCAAGACCAAAUGAUGAUGUUAUUGAUAUCUUGGGGUUUCUAACUUUUGAAAUUGUUUGUUCUUUAACAGAAGAAGCAAUGACUAUAAAACAUUCAGAAGAAAAAUUAAUACAACAAUCUUUAACUAAAACAAUUAACAAAGAUUUAAAUAAAAGAAAAAGAAAGUAUCUUUUCGAUAAACCAGAUGAAUUAGCCAAACCUAUUUUACCUUACCAUAUCGAAGAAGCUUGGAGAAGAUUACAAUCAUCAGACUUUAAACAUAAAGCUAUUAGAUCUUUUGGCGGUGGAAUAAUCAAAAGAAGAACUAGAUUAAUUUAA